GCCCUGCCUCCCCGGCCCUUCCCCUCCUUCACCCCGACCCGCUCGCUUGCCCCGGCAGGAUGGGGGACGACACCAGCCCCAUCAGCGUGAUCCUGGUGAGCUCGGGCAGCAGGGGUAAUAAGCUGCUGUUCAGGUACCCGUUCCAGAGGAGCCCGGAGCACCCGGCGUCCCAGACAAAUAAGCCCCGUAGCAGAUAUGCUGUUAACAACACAAAUGAUCAUGCUGAUGACCAGGAUGGUGACUCCAGCAAGCCAUGUCCUCCAACUGAUGAGCAAUUGAUUGCAGGGUUUUCAGAUGUUAUUCUAGCAACAAUUUUGGCAACCAAGUCUGAAAUGUGUGGCCAAAAAUUUGAACUGAAGAUCGAUAAUGUGCGGUUUGUGGGGCACCCAACACUCCUGCAGCAUGCUCUGGGGCAGGUCUCCAAAAUAGAUCCAUCCCCGAAGAGGGAAGCACCUACUAUGAUUCUUUUUAAUGUGGUAUUUGCCCUAAGGGCCAAUGCGGACCCGUCUGUCAUCAAUUGCCUGCACAACCUUUCGAGGCGCAUUGCCACUGUGCUGCAGCACGAGGAGCGCCGCUGCCAGUACCUCACUCGAGAGGCCAAGUUAAUCCUGGCCCUCCAGGAUGAGGUAUCUACCAUGGCUGAGGCAGAUGAAGGUCCUCAGUCUCCAUUCCAUCACAUCCUGCCCAAGUGCAAGCUGGCCAGAGACCUUAAGGAAGCUUAUGACAGCCUGUGCACAUCUGGUGUGGUACGGCUUCACAUCAACAGUUGGCUGGAAGUGAGCUUCUGCUUGCCCCACAAGAUCCACUAUGCUGCCUCUAGCCUGAUCCCCCCUGAGGCCAUCGAGCGGAGCCUCAAAGCCAUCCGCCCAUACCAUGCCUUGCUGCUCCUCAGUGAUGAGAAGUCCCUAUUAGGUGAGCUCCCCAUUGACUGCUCCCCGGCAUUAGUGCGUGUGAUCAAGACCACAUCUCCUGUGAAGAACCUGCAGCAGCUAGCACAGGAUGCUGAUCUGGCCUUGUUGCAGGUCUUCCAGCUUGCGGCUCACCUGGUAUACUGGGGCAAGGCUGUCAUCAUCUACCCACUGUGUGAGAACAAUGUCUAUGUCCUGUCUCCCAAUGCCAGCGUUUGUCUGUACUCACCACUGGCUGAGCAGUUCUCCCACCAGUUUCCAUCCCAUGACCUGCCAUCUGUUCUGGCUAAAUUUUCCUUGCCAGUCUCCUUGUCAGAAUUCAGGAGUCCUCUGGCUCCCCCAGUACAGGAGACCCAGCUCAUCCAGAUGGUAGUGUGGAUGCUGCAGCGCCGGCUACUCAUCCAGCUGCACACCUAUGUCUGCCUGAUGGCCUCACCCAGUGAGGAGGAGCCCCGCCUGCGAGAGGAGGAUGUGCCCUUCACGGCGAGGGUUGGCGGCCGAAGCCUCAGCACACCCAAUGCCCUAAGCUUUGGCUCCCCAACCAGCAGUGAUGACAUGACCCUCACCAGCCCCAGCAUGGACAACUCCAGUGCAGAGCUGCUCCCCAGUGGGGACUCACCACUGAACAAGAGAAUGACGGAGAACCUGUUGGCCAGCCUGUCAGAGCAUGAGCGAGCAGCUAUCCUCAGUGUGCCUGCAGCCCAGAACCCUGAAGACCUCCGCAUGUUUGCCAGGCUCCUCCACUACUUCCGUGGCCGCCACCACCUGGAAGAAAUCAUGUACAACGAGAACACACGGCGCUCCCAGUUGCUUAUGCUCUUUGACAAGUUCCGCAGUGUCCUGGUAGUAACCACCCACGAGGACCCUGUCAUUGCUGUCUUUCAGGCGCUGCUCACAUAAGACCAGGCAGAGUUAGUGGCUGUGGGUGUAUGUGCGUGCAUGUGCUAGCAUCCCCACUCCAGGGUUCUCUCUUUGUGGGGCCCUGAACCUGCUCUGCUUCUCUGAGGCCUGACAUUAGAUGGACAACCAUCCCUGACUCUGCUAAAGGCCUGCAGAGCUCCUGUCUGCUUCGUUGCUGCAGGUUCUUCAGUCAGGUUCAGCAGUAGCUGUGGUGCUGCCCCUAGGUGUUGUUCCUCUUUCUUCUAGUCCUUAGGCACCUCUGCAUCACUAAAUUGGAAGGACACAUAGAGGCUGUGCCUUUCUAACCUUGUCUGUCUUUUCACCUUCUACCCUGGAGAAUGUACAAAAAUAUUUGGCCUAUCCCUGCCCAUCAGAUGGCCAUGUCAGCAGAUGAGGUCUGAGCACUUGGCCUAUCCUGUGUGACCCUCAAAGCCAGCACCACCUCUCUUCACCCUUUCUCUCAGCUUGCCACCAGUCCUUCUUUACCACAGCAUUGUAUAAACCACCAGCAGGUUCAACCAAACUGUCUCCCUAUUCUGAUCAUCUGAAGUAUAAAAGCAUGGGCUGGUCUAACUGAGCCUGAGUCAUCCCAUCACUCAAGCUCAGCCUGUGGCAGGUGGUAGCUUGACUUGCAGCACAGAGCCCUUGCUCUGGGUGCGUAUGUGUACAGACUGGUGGUUCCACCCUAGGGCCUAUACACUGGGUGAUCUGCUGUCCUGUACUCGAAGAAGGACAGGCUCAUCUGUCAGCAGAGGUCUCCUGAAAUAUAGAGAAAAGUUCUCUAGAAACAAAAUAUUUAUUUGACAUAU